CAUCUCUUAGAUUUUUUAACUUAUUUUUUUAACUUCCAAUUAUUUCCCCUUAUUUAAAAGCAAGUGUAGCCUCUUCGGGCCAAGUGUUGGUAGAGUCGCAGGUCAUUCCUCAUCCUGUCGGAGGUGCUUCUGAAAUUGUUUGCACCAAAAUUGUGGAAGCAAUAUUGUGUGAUUGCCGGAGAGAAUAAAGAGAAGAAAAAAAAAGAAAAAAAGAUGGAGAAUGAAGAGAUAAUCAGCAACAACAACAAGAAGCAUAUGAUGAUGAUGAAAGUGGAGAUUACAUCAGAGAGUGAAAAGUCUGAAAUGAUCUCACCCACCACCACAUCCACACCACCACCUCCACCACCAUCAGGAGGAGGAGGGCUCUCUAGACAGGGAAGUAUAGCAAAGAACUGCUGCUGCCUCUGCUCUCCGACAACCCAUGCCGGUUCAUUCCGGUGUCGGCUCCACCGGACUCCAACCCUUCAAAGGACCAAGAGCAUGGACUCUUCUGCAUCCCUCAAGGACUCACACUCACACUCCCAAGCCUAAUACACACAUACUAUGGAAGAAAUACAGUGGAGGAGGCUCUUAGUUUAUCCUCCGUAUAAUCAAAUUGUUUGUUGUUGUUGUUGCGGCUUAAUUAUAUGUACUUAUUUUGUAAUUGCUUUGCUUGUUCAAUAUUUUGUUGGAAAAUUUGAAUUUGAAUUUAAAUUUACUCAAAUAGUUGUGUC